AUGGUCUAUAAUGGUUAUUUAUAUACAACACUGGCAAAUGUUCGAUUUGAUACAAGACAAGAAGAGGAAAUUGAGUAUCACUCGGAAAAAAAAAGUUUCAACGAUUCUUUAUGGACCCAUAAACCUGAUCCAUCUAUUGGAUAUGGAGACAAAACAACUGAAAGUAACUUGUACAAUGUGUUGAAGAAGUUUCUGAAUAAUGGGAAGGUUUCACUAUGCGGAGCCCAUGUGUUCAUUACUGUCAAACGGUAUCCAAAUGAGUCUGAUGUAUUUGACAUCAUUUCCCAACUACGAGCUAAUCAUGUGAUGGUGAACAUUGCUGUGGACAGUAUCCCAUCGGGUGGUACCAAUUCUGCCUCACUGUACGAAAUGUCAUAUCAAACUAAUGGAAUCUGUGCAUUUGCUACCGGCAGUGAUCUUUAUCGUACUUUUGAAAGAUUGACCUGGAUACUUAUCUUCCCUUACCAGUUUCUUGCUCAAAACUUUCUGGUUUCUGGAUCGGGUCGAAUCGAAAUACCGGUAUUCACAACUCCCGUACCACCAGGUUAUGACGACUGGUGUUUAGUUGAAUUAUCUAUUCAAAACCACACACUUGACAAUUCAUUCGUUUUAUUGAAUUACACAAUUGCAAGUACUGAUGGAUCUUGGGCUUACGCAUUACCGAGUCAAAACUCCAGCUAUUUUUUUGGAACUGCAAGAACAAUUCAACUGGCUUUAAAAGGAUCUCUCACAUACAAAUGGACAGUUGACUAUUAUUAUAACACUGUUGAACCACAAAUCAUUCAACUAAGAAUGUACAGUGAAUACUAUCACGACUUCCUUCCACUGCCAGAUUUCUAA